CCUCCUCCUCCUCCUCCUCAGCUGCAGCUUCAUCCUUCAAUCAGCAGCCUGUGAGGACCAUAGACAGACAGACAGACAGACAGAUGAACAGACAGACAUACAGACCAAACAGCUAUGAUGUCGGCUGCCUUCACGGACCAUCCGCUCCUCCUCCUCCUCCUCCUCCUCCUCCUCCUCCUCCUCCUCCUCCUCCUCCUCUGGGCUCCUGCUCGCCUUUCUCUCCCGCAGUGAAUCUCGGAAAACCCACCAAAAUGAGUGUUUUGUGCCUGCUCUGCUGUGAACCGCUCCUCACUGUUGCAGCAGCAUAACUAUGGUGUAUGCCCAGUCAACAAACACAGUUGGUGUCAAUCCCUCCCUUUACUUACCAUCUUUCACAUCUUUGACUCAGAUGUCAUUUAACUACUCUGAGAGGGAAAACCCAACUGUCCUGGCAACCUUACCCACAACUCCCCUCUGCAGCCAAGAGGGCUCAUUCACCAGCCAGUCAAACAGGACCUCUGCCUCUUAUGAACUGACUUCAGGUGAGGUUGCCAUCCUGGGCUUAGUGUUUGGGAUUGUCUGGCUGGUCUCCAUCCUGGGAAAUGCCCUCGUCUGCCUGGUCAUCCACAGGAGCCGACGGACUCAGUCCACCACCAACUACUUUGUGGUGUCUAUGGCCUGCUCGGACCUGCUCAUGAGCCUCGGCUGCGCCCCCUUCAUUCUCCUGCAGGUGACCUCAGGUCGAUGGCCACUGAGUGCUGCUGCUUGCAAGAUUGUACGCUAUCUGCAGCACCUUUGCCCUGGCGUGCAGGUAUAUGUCCUGCUUUCCAUCUCUGUGGACCGUUUCUAUACGAUCAUCUACCCACUCAGCUUCAAGGUGUCCAGGGAGAAAGCAAAGAAGAUGAUCCUGGCCUCAUGGCUGUUUGAUGCAGCAUUUGUGUGUCCCUGCUUCUUCUUCUAUGGCUCCACAGCAGUUGACAGCAGCGUGGGUCAUUGUGACUUUUUUCUUCCAGACAGUUGGGGUAGUAUAGCCUACGCUGCAGUUCACCUUUUGUUCAGUUUUGUGGUCCCAGUGGCACUGAUUGUGUCGUUUUACCAGAGGGUGAUUCGUUAUAUCUGGAGGAUUAGUGCUGAUGGCCACACUGUACGCCGAACAAUGAACAUCGUCCCACGGACUAAAGUCAAGACUAUCAAGAUGUUUCUCAUGCUCAAUUCAGUGUUCUUCCUCACCUGGACGCCCUUUUAUGUGGCCCAACUGUGGCACCCGACGGAGUCUGAUGGUCCCGACAGGCAGGGGCUGCUAUUCUUCACAGCAAUUACCUGGAUCUCCUUCAGCUCCACCGCAUCCAAACCAACUCUUUACUCAGUGUACAAUGCAAACUUCAGGAGGGGCAUGCAGGAGACCUUCUGCAUGUCAUCCAUGAAAUGUUAUCGCAGUAACGCGUACACCAUCACAGCAAGUUCUCGAAUGGCUAAAAAGAACUACAUUGGGGUGGUGGACAUCCCAGUACAAUCAAAGAUGGUCACCAAGGAUUCUGUUUACGAUACAUUUGACCGAGAAGCAAAAGAAAAGAAGGUAGCCUGGCCCACCAAUGCUAACCCCCCAAAUACUUUUGUGUAAUGUAUCUCUGACAGACAUAAGGACGUGGACUGGUCUGAUAUUCAACCACACAAAGUCAGUGUUGGCAGGUGCGCACAAUGUGGGUUAUCAUGAUAGCUAUGUAUUUACUGGGACAAAAGCUCACAAAAACAGAAUGUGCUCAGUUUGUAUAAAGGGCUUUUUCUGAUAUACCAUCCUUUCUGGCAGCCAUAUCCUGACAGUCUCAACAGCUGUGACCAGCAAGCUGUUUUUAUACAAGAAUUUUAAAUGAUCAUUUAUUUGUGUGCUGUGUUUGAUGGAUCAUGUAGUCACUGAUACAUUUGAUUUUGUGUUUUGAUAUCAUCAGUCUGUUAGCUAGUUAAACAUAGUCUGUGACCAUCUAUCAGUGACCUUUUGUGCACACAUAUGAUGUGCCGCAGUUAUGUAUGUGGUAGGAGCAAAUAAUAGUGGCAGCUGCAAGCCAUAUGUUAACAAUGGCAUUAUCUGCUUUUUGAAAUUCAGAUUAAUGUUGAGUUGUUUUAAGCCUAGUUUUAAACUCUUUUACCCUACACUCACUUCAUUAAAAUGAAACCAGAGGAAAAACUAAAAUGCAAGGAGAUAUUUGCCAGGAAAUGCAGUGAAAUGCCAGGAGAUAUUUUGGGUUCCCGAAACUCUCAUCCUGUUUAUUUUUUCAUUGCUGAUGUUCGACCAACAGUUGAAUUCUUGAACAUGAACAUGGUUGGAUAAUCAGAACAAAGGAUGAAAACUGUCUUAGAAAAUAUUGAGUUGUCAGAUAAUAAAAGUCAAACAGUACAAGUCUGCAGAUAUAAGAACUGAAGGAUAAAAGUGAGCAGUGUACCCCAUGAGACAUAACUUCAGGAAAAAAUGAAUGGCAGUCAAUGGUGAGGGACAUAUCAUUUUUGAUGUCAGUGCAGUUAUGAAGUACACAUUUAAUGUAUGUCUAUUUAAGGUAUAAUUUUACCCAAGAAAAUCGCAGUUUGUGGUAAAGAUAGUAAAUUAACAACUAGUUUUAUGCAAAAACAGCUCAGUGCACUGCAUCUGUUGUUGCAUGAUGUGAUACACGUCACCAAGUCCUGCCAACAUCAAAAUGGUUGUUUUGGUGUAUUUGGCAUAUUUCACCUCAUUCUUCGAUGGUGAGAUGAAUAGUGUUAACACCUGAAACUGAGUGUAAUUCUGGUCGAGUUGAGGAUGCAUACACAUUUUUGGCAACUCAGAAGAGAUCAUGGAGAGAGAAAUUUAUGAUGACAUCACCCCUGGGGGUGUGCAGUUUUUUUUAUGUACGCAGCCUGAUGCUUCAACAGUGUUACCACCAACUAAGACUUUUUUGUGUAAUUGUCUUGUAAACUGACAAAGGUCAUAUGUGUAAAUGAUGGCAUAAUUCAUACAUAAUCGGAAAAUUACAUCUCUCACCAGUGAUUGUAAUACUUUUUUUUCCCUUAAGUCCUAUGGGGCAGAACUUCACUUCUCUACUAUGACUCUCAAGGUACAUUUCAUCGACAAAGUUCCAGUCAGAGAGCUGUUUUAUAUUCCACUAACAGCAAAUGCACACUAAAUAUUUUGGCAUUAAAAUGACGUCAAAGUCUGAGUCAUUUUUGGAUACACUCAACAACGCCAAUGUAAUGUCUGCCUCGGUUUCAGACUACCUUCUUGCUGCUGUAAUUUACUGAGAAAGUACAAUAUUUAACCCUUAAGAGAGUUCAGUGCUGAUUUAAUUUAUUUUUAUGUUGAAAAUUUCUCAAUAAUUAAUGACACAUUUUCAUGUAGUUUGUCAGUAUUAGGUUUCAGCUUUAAAGAAUAAUCAGUCAAAUAAAACCUCAUAGACGGUAAAAGAGAUGUCAGACUGUAAUUCAACACUUUUCACUACUCCACAUUUACAGUAUUUUUCUGUUUUUGAUUAAGCUAUAAAUUAUAAUAAGGAACACUAUGUCACCAUCUGAAUUUCAAAAUUAGUUUUAAGGUAGUAUUCUCAGGUUGCAGUCUGCAGGCAGUAGCCUACCAUUAUUUUAAAAAAAAAAUCAUUUUAGGCAACACAUGGCAGUGAAAAAUGAAACAUUAAAUUGUCAAAUAUGUCAAAAACAUAGAAAUAUUAACUUUUUUUUCCCCUUCAGAUUUACCUUUAUAUAUCUUAUUUAAAUGAAAAGACUCUGGUGCUGCUGCAUUUGAAUGAACGUAGACCUGCACUUAAUUAUUUAUUGUGUGACUUUAACUAGCUUUUACAUUACAUUUGUGUGGUAACGUACUUACACUAUCUUAUAAUUUGAUAUAUAAUUAUAAUUAACUAUUAAUUAGAUAUUGUAGGACAAUAAAUUUUUCUUAAUAAUUCUUUUCACUUUUUUCUUAAAGCUGAAAUUUAGCAUAACAUUGACGUUAGUAUCCUAACAUAUGCUAGUAUAACAUGCAUGUCAUUUUAUGUUAGUAAAAUGAAAAGAUUAAAGCUGAUCGGUUUUAUCAGGUUUUUUAGGUGUGUUUGGUUACAACAUCAUGAGACAUUGGUUCAAAUGGAAAAACUUAAAAUGGGUAAAACAUGACAGCUAAAACUACAGAUUUUACCCAUCGGCAAAAACGAUUAAAAACAUCCCAAUUUUGCCAGCUGCAAGUUCACUUAGGCUUCAAGUAAUCAUUUUCUCUUUUCUGAAAUUUUUAAAAAUUUGUUUCAUCUGUAAAAUGUGAAACAUUUUAAAACUGAAAAUUAGCCAAUUAGAAGUUGAGUAAGUAUAUAUUGUUUGACGAAUCAUUUAAUUCUUCCAGCUGCAUAAUCUGCUAAUAUAUAGCUAAUAUAUAUUUUAUCUGAAUACAAUGUAAUUAUAUAUCUUGCUCUGAAAAAGGCCAUUCUACUAAAGAAAAUACAAUAAAUAACACUACUAAGUAUAUCAAGCAAAUAAGUUUUUCUAUACAUUUUCCUCCACUUUUCUCCAUCUGAUUAAUGGCUUUGUUCAGAUGCUGCUGCAGCAUCAGAGUCUUUGAUUGUCGAUGCCUGGCUUCACCUGUACAGAGCUGAUCUCACCCAAGUCCUACUUUUGCUGUACCUGCUUGUACAAACACCUGGACAUGUAUGUGAUGACACAGUUGUUAAAUGUCUUUUUCUGUAAUCUGUGUUUAUAAGGUCCAUGCUUUAUACGAAAAUAAAUCUAGUGAACACAUAAGAUGCACA